AUGUCCGGAAUGGAGCUUGAAAGUAGGUCUUUACCAAACGACGAUUCUACACAAACUAAAACUCCCCUUAAACACGUACCAACGAAGAAAAAUGUAACAAUGCGUCGUACUUCUGGAAAUAAGUUGACUAAUAUUUCCACGAAUGAUACUUUAUAUUCCACUGGAGACUCACGUUUUAAUAAAGAACUUGAAUUAAAUGAGGCGCAGAAAAAUGGCAAAUUGGAUUACACACCAAUAAAAGCAAUAGAAAAAUCCACAUCAACUGCAACAAACACGAUAAAUAAGGAGAAGACAAAAUUAGCAAAUCCAUCAAUUAUACAAGAUAAAACGAAAGAUAGUCAACAAAAUUCAGGUAUUAUCAAAGCUGUGGAGUACGCAUCAACGAGACCUGCGGAAAUUGAUGAAACCACCACAGAAGAGGAUAUUUUGAAUUGUGUAGGUUAUAAAGCAAAUUCUAAUGAAACAAGUCUAGUCGUAUGUACGUGGAAUGGAUGUAAUAAAUAUUUCACUAAAAUGGAAAAAUUCACACAACAUCGUAAACGUGAACAUGAGACAACGGACGUAGUAACAGAUAUCUGGAUAUUUGGUAAUAUGAAUAAAGGAGGAGAGUUAUCAACUAGUUUUAUUUCUUCUUCUAAUAAAUCAGUAGAAAGUGAGAGUUUAUCUAACUUGACAAAGACAUCAUUAUCGCCAGUUAAGGUAAAUGUGUCUUUACCUGUUAACCCUUCUUCGCCUAAUAUAAGGACUGAGAAAACAGAAAAACAAGUGAAACAAGAGAAGCAAGAGAAAUUAGAUGGACAAUCAACUUCAAUUUCAACCUUACCGGAAUUACCAACCCGAAUUUCGUCAACCCUAGCAACAGUAAGUCCACCUAAACCUCGAAGAUCGAUAAAAGACCAACAAGAUACAUCAAAUCCAAUAGAUAAUUCUUUACCAACAAAACGAACUCGCGAUUUGAUUCCUGCUGAAGAGCUUAAAAAGGAAGUGAUUGACGAGGAACAAAUGAUUGGACCUGAUGUUCGUAUAAGAUAUCCAAGAGGAAAUCGAGGUCAAAAUACUAAUCCGAUGUACGGGUUACCAUAUGAACCAGGAGAUCCACGAUACUAUAAUACUAUGCAAAUGCACCCUAUGAACUUUGCGAUAUCUCCUUAUGGAGAAAUGGCGCCACCACCCCCACGUUAUGAUGGUAGUUAUGGUGAUAUUCCAUAUGGACAAUUUUAUGGUAAUGGGAAUCAAUAA